AUUCAAGAUGUCGCUCAAACAGGCAGUUCACGAAAAGAUUAUGUCAGAUGUUGUCCAAGCGGUGAAAAAGAACGGAGAAUGGAAAGUGAUGAUUGUAGAUCAGCUGAGUAUGAGGAUGAUAUCAGCAUGCUGCAAGAUGCACGAGAUUAUGUCAGAGGGAAUAACAUUGGUUGAAGAUAUAAAUAAGAGAAGAGAAAGACUGCCUAAGCUGGAUGCUGUUUAUUUGAUAACACCAACAGAUAAGUCGGUUAAUUUACUGAAGCAAGAUUUUAGCCACCCCACCAACACCCAGUAUAGGUCAGCACAUGUUUACUUUACAGAAGCCUGUCCAGAUGUUCUUUUCAAUGAAUUGUGCAAGUCAACAGCUGCUAAAUACAUAAAAACUCUUAAGGAAAUUAACAUAGCUUUUCUCCCAUAUGAAUCACAGGUCUAUCACCUGGAUUCUGCGGAGACAUUCCAGUAUUAUUAUAAUCCUCUCAGACAGUCCGGGAGGACCAUGAACCUAGAACGCUGUGCUGAACAGAUAGCUACGCUGUGUGCCACACUCGGAGAGUACCCCAGUGUCAGAUAUAGAAGUGACUUUGACAGGAAUGCAGAGUUUGCUCAGAUGGUACAGCAGAAGCUGGAUGCCUACAGAGCUGACGAUCACACCAUGGGAGAGGGACCACAAAAGGACCGAUCUCAGCUUCUAAUUAUAGACCGAGGAUUUGAUCCAAUCUCCCCUCUACUUCAUGAACUGACAUUUCAGGCCAUGGCUUAUGAUCUUUUACCAAUUAUUAACGAUGUUUAUAAGUAUGAUAAUACAAGUGGUGAAAUUCACGAGAAAGAGGCUCUCCUUGAUGAAAAUGACGAGUUAUGGGUCGGUCUGAGACAUCAGCACAUCGCAAUUGUAUCACAGCAAGUCACAAAGCAAUUAAAACAAUUCGCACAAGACAAACGGAUGAAUGACGGGGAGAAGGCUAACAUUCGAGAUCUGUCGCAGAUGUUGAAGAAGAUGCCUCAGUAUCAGAAGGAACUCAGUAAAUACUCCACACACCUCCACCUGGCAGAGGACUGCAUGAACAAAUACCAGAAACACGUAGAUCGACUGUGUAAAGUGGAACAGGACCUGGCCAUGGGAACAGAUCCUGAGGGGGAGAAGAUCAAGGAUCACAUGAGAAACAUUGUACCAAUUCUUCUAGACCAGAACAUUAUGGCUUACGACAAAGUCCGCAUCAUUCUGCUCUACGUCAUCCACAAAGGAGGAAUAACAGAGGAAAACCUGGCUAAGCUAGUGCAACAUGCCCAGAUUCCUAUGGAUGUGAAGUGUAUCAUAAAUAACAUGCAGAACCUGGGUGUCCCCAUCAUUCAGGAUAUAGUUGAAACAGAAAAGAAAGACAUAAAAAAUAAGUUGAAAAAGGCCCUGGUACCGGGAGGAAGGAAGAAGUCCCAGCCCUACCAACCAUUUAACAGGAAAACCAAGAUUGCGGAGAACACAUACCAAAUGUCCCGCUGGACUCCCUAUGUCAAGGACAUCAUGGAGGAGGCUGUAGACGAUAAGCUGGACUCCAGACAAUUUCCCUUCUUGUCAGGCGGGGCCCCAAGAUCUGCGGGGGGAUACAGAGGGCCACCAAUCAGUGCUAGAUAUGGACACUGGCAUAAAGACAAAAGCCAGGCAGGCUACAAAAGCGGACCACGGCUAAUUAUUUUCAUCAUUGGGGGUGUAUCAUACUCAGAGAUGAGGUGUGCAUACCAGGUGACACAAGCGUGUAAGAACUGGGAGAUCUUAAUUGGAUCCACCCACUUACUGACCCCUGAAGGAUUCCUAGAGGACUUGAAGACCUUAUCCAACACUCCUGGCAACUGACCAUCUCCUGUUUUCUGUCAAUGAGUGGAGAAGGAUUGGUGUAACCUGCACUGAACAAGCAUCUCUGUUCAAUUAUGCUGCCAUUGUUUACUAUCACUUUGUGAAAAAGAACAACAAAAAAAAAACAUGCGUCAUUCGCAAGUAAACUUAAAGGUCUCUAUGAAAAAGUUAAAUGAAAUUCAAAGAUUUAAUUUAUUAAAAGUGAUUAAACAAAGAUGGGUGUGUAUUAUAUUUGUAGAGUACCUUAGUCCAUUGUAUUUAUUAGAUUUUAGCCCAAAGUCUGUCAUGUGGAUUCUGUACAAAUAUUAUCAUUAUGAAUUUGUAAUUAUUUGCAAUUACAGGAAAAUUUCUGUAGAAAUGUCAGUCUUUUAUUCAUAGAAAGGAAUUGGUUAAAUAAAACCAAAGCAAUAUAAAAUAUAUUACAAUUGUUAGCAUUUUUUCUCACUUUAUUGUUUUGUUGCAUUAUGUUACUCGUAUAUUAGACAUACAAUUUGUAUAUAGAUGACAAUUUGUUAUUGCAUUAUUUUCUGAUAAUUUAUGUACUGUACUUUGUAUUAUGAUAAUUGUCUGUGUAGAGUCUUAUGUGCAAUAUUGAUUUUUCUUCAUUUUUUCUACACAGAUUUAUAUAAAGCACCAAAAUACUCUGCAGUAGAAAGCAGCAAUGUUUGUUGUUAUGUUCAUCUCUGUUUUGCAUUUUAAAAGGUUUUCAUGCUGAUGGUAGAUUGAUGCUUUUAUUUAGUGAUAGAUGUACGUAUGGGGAUUAAUAUACAGUUAAACUUGACUAAUCUGGACCCGUGGUUCCAAAGGGGGUAACAUUCUGAAUUAGACAACAUUAAAGUUUAUAACACAUUAGACAAGACUUUGGAUUACACAAAAUCCGGAUAAGGCAAGUUUUACUGUACAAGCUGACAUGGAAUAGAUGCAGCACAUAGUUCAAAUCUUGUCACAAGAAAUGUUCAGCUAUUUCAUUUGACUAUUUUUAUGCUAUCAUUUUAUUCCAAUAUCUCAUUACUGCUUUCAUGUGAUAUUUUUGAGCAAACUUUUUGACAAUCUCAGUCACAAUUAUUUAUUGUGAUUUAUUGUCAAAGGCAUUCAUUGUAGCUGCUUCAGCAUAAUUAUUAUACUUACUUAUUGAAUGUUGAAAACCCAAGAUAGUGUGUUCUCUUAAAAUGUAUAGUGAGUUAAACUUGUUUCUUGCAAACCUAGUUAUUGUGAACUACUGUUUUAAAGAUUUGUUAAGGUCAGCUGAUUUUUUGCUAUAGAAAUAUUUUUCUGGAAAAGCAAUAUUUACAAUUUUAAAACAAGUGUAGAUAAGUUGAUGUACGAUAUAGUGCUCUAUCUUACAAGCUGAUUUAGGGAGAUAUUUCAAAGUUUCAUUUAGAAAAUUAUUUUGGAUAUCUGAAAAAAAAAAUCUAAAUAAAAUACAUGUAUUCUUUAUUAAAUAAUCAAUAGAAAUGAUAUAUUUCAUCUGAUAUUCAUUUGAAAUGUUUUGAACAUUGUGCAAUGCAAAGAAAAACUUUCUUUCAUUCUGAUUCCUUUGUCAUAAUUUAUGCUGUUGAAUUUGACCAUUUCCUACCAUGUAACAGGGGUUUGUCUCCAUCAAAGAGAAAGAACCUUUGAGAAAUCCUCCUGAAGCAGUUUUUUUUUUUUUUACAUUCCUUGAGUGUACAAUGUUGUGGCCAAUGAAAUAAUAAAUUAACGAAUAUGUAA